GAGAAUAACAUCACUUCAACAAUGGACGACACGCUGUUAGACUUAUCAAAGAUACUUGGAACCAACCUUUUAGAAGCAAUUUGCCAGCGUGACACAAAAGAAGCUCGCCGACUGUUACGAAAACCCGACAUUGAUGUCAGCGUCACUGAUACGGCUGGAAUGGGGUGCUUACAUCACGCCGCUUCCGAAGGGUUCAUUAACAUCGCCAGACAGCUGAUAACUGAGAAGGGUCUUGAUGUGAACACCCAAGAUCGGAUCGGCCAGACCCCCUUACACAAGGCAGCAGCUGUCGGCAAGAAAGAUAUAAUGGUGAUGCUGAUAGCACUAGGGGGUAGCUUGGCUGUGGUGGACCAUAUGAAGAAUUUACCGUUGACAUUGGCGGUGAAGGAACGUCACUUGAGGACCGUUGCGACUUUGCUACUUUUAGGGUCUCCGGCUAUCCCAGUAGAUGAAACAUCAUGUGGAAAUCAGAUUCAAAAAGCAGAUAAGAACAAAGCUGAGGAACAACUGCUAGAACUUUUGACGAAUCACCAAAGAACUGUUGACGCACUCAAACAUGGGGAAAUCCGUCGCGGUCUUCAGCAUACAUACCAUGGUGAAGUACCUAUCGGAGAUGGUUCUACCGAGUCGAGUGAAGCUGGAUCAAUGUACCAGAUGGAUUUCCCAGGUCUGGAUAUCUCUGUGGUUCAUACUUCAAUGAAACUUCCGUUCGUGUUGACUAUCAGCCGAAUACGACAGGACGCAGCAGGUAUACUGCCUCAGAUAUCUGGAGAUGAUAGGCUCUUUGGCGAUGUCAUUGAGUGCAAAGCGUGGUUCCUGCCACAGACGACAGUAAAAAUGAUCAUCACAGUGGACGGCAUGCUACGGAUGAAUGAGCACCUUGGUGUCAAAGCUAUGGAUGAACAACCUUUCAAUGGACGAAUAGAAUUUGUUCCAGAAAAGGACAGAAACUCCAAUGUUACAAAAGUGACGGUCGCUUUGGAAAUACCCGGAUCUUCCUCUUCCCGUUCGACGACUUUCGCCCUGAUUGCGACGUCACAAAAAGAAGUGUUUGAAAUAACUAACAAACCUGCCGUUCUAAAACCGGAAACAGAACCAGACUCGGAAAUAUUCAUACCAGAGAGAGCUUUUGAAACUCCGGGCUUCAUGAAUAUUGAGUUUGCAGACAGCAGUGAAGCCAAUGAAGAUGAAAGUGACGACGAUGAUCCUCUAUUGAUGACAAACGUCCUUGACAUCUCAAUGGCUGAGAGUCAACAACCUAAUGCCACUAUAUCAAUCAAACUGCCAAUCAUGUGUUACAAGAAUUUGAAGAAUAUAGCCGUCAUUGGCACGUCUGAUAGCAGCUCGGAUGAAACAAUACGGUGGACACCACUUGGGGCAGUUCUUGACAGUUCAGGGACAUUGGCAGCGUUUCAAGUUUCACACUUUUCUACUUAUGUUGGAGUCAGUAGAGAAAUGGUGCAAAAAAGCUUCCAAGAUGUAAGCGUCGCAGCUAGCCGUUCUCUAAGAAAGCAAAGGAAGGUGAUAUUUUUUGUCAUGUUUAAAAGCCCCGACACGAAAACAGAACCCUACUCUGUCGUUGUGGAAUGUUGUACGAAACGAAAAUUCCAGUCAAGGACGAAACACUGGAUGUCAAAUGGAUACCAAGGGAAAACCGCAAAAGAAACGCUACAACAAAUACUAUCUGAAUAUGAAAGAGUACAGGUGAGACUUGAAGGCGUGUUUGACCCGGAUGUAAAACCGGUAGAGUUGACCUUUUUACCAAAUAGUGCAAGUUACAAAGUCUUUGAUCAAAUCUUUCCAAGAAUCAAACAGGAUGAUGAUAAAUCCCUGGCAAGCGUUGUACAAGAUGAGACGUUUGUUGGAGAGGUCAUCAUCGAAAUCAGAAAACCGAUACUGAAACCGGAAGUUGUAUCUGCCGAUAACGGUUGCUUCAGUUUGAAAAUGUUUAGGUUCAACGACAAAUCGGAAUCAUCUUCCCAACAACCUGAGGGCGAACCCGUGUCCGAGUCGAUAAGAUAUAAGUAUGAUCGGCUUGGAUCGAUCAGUCUCCACUCAACAAUGCCAGCUGAAAGGCCGGCUUCUUAAAUCUAGACAACUUUAUAAUUCCGUUCGCCAAAACAUGAGUAGAUUACUGCUUUCAUGUGUGUUUAGAAUAUUGACAGUUACGAAUCCGGAUCAGCGUUCAGUUAGGAAGAGACGCUUGUAAAAACAAAUCGUCACUUAUCUAUUAUGUAUCUCCUAUUCAAGACAGAUGGAUUCUUAAGUUUGAUGAAGUUAAUUUGGAGCUUAGAUGUAUCUAAAACAGAUAUGAAAACUGUGAAUAAUGAUAACUCUGUGUGACGAAGUAUUGGGAAAACGGGCUAAUUAAGCGGAUCCAAGAGUUUAUACGAACGGGCUAACACAGCCGGUCAGCAAGAAUUUAUCAGAACGGGCUAACCUAGUCGGUCAGCAAGAGUUUAUCAGAACGGGCUAACAGAGCCGGUCAGCAAAAAUGUUAUCAGAACGGGCUAACAGAACCGGUCAGCAAGAGUUUAUCAGAACGGGCUAACAGAACCUGUCAGCAAGAGUUUAUCAGAACAGCCCGGGCUAAUAGAGCCGGUCAGCAAGAGUUUAACAGAACGGGCUAACAGAACCGGUCAGCAAGAGUUUAUCAGAACAAGCUAACAGAACCGGUCAUUAAGAGUUUAUCAGAACGGGCUAACAGAACCGGCCAGCAAGAGUUUAACAGAACGGGCUAACAGAACCGGUCAGCAAGAGUUUUUCAGAACGGGCUAACAGAACCGGUCAGCAAGAGUUUAUCAGAACGGACCAACAGAAUCGGUCAGCAAAAGUUUAUCAGAACGAGCUAGAUUAUGUGAUUUAGAUGUGAUUCGAUGCUGAUUAUGUUGAUUAUGGUAAUAAAACACACAAUGAAAAAAUAUAAAUAACUUAUUUAAUCUGCAUCUUUAUAUUUGAUGUAAGAAGAUAUCUUCAAAAUUCCAACAUUUGAAUUAAAAACUAAAACAAAAAUCAAAAACUUCCACAAGACAUAUAUAUGAGAAAAUGAGUUAUUCGUGUCAAUAACACAACACAGGUAUCAAUAUAGAGAUAACAGGUAAACAGACAUUCAAAGCAUUACCAUAUAUACCCAUUAAGAUAUACACACAAUACAUAUUGACAUCUACAUUGAAAACUUAAUACAUGAACUUUAUAGCAUCAAAAUCAGGUUAGGAAGCUUCGGUUGUUUAUUUCAUUGAAAUGAAGUUUGGUAAUACUGUGAAAUCGUGUAUUUUCGUGGGCCCCAAAUGUCGUGGUUACCCAACAAAAUACCAUUUCGUUGGUACAUGAAUUCGUGGAUAACGAGUACACACUCAAACGAAGAAUUUCUGUAUGUAAACCCUGUGAUAGUUCGUGGACCUAUCAAUUCGUGGAUGAAGUCUACCCACAAAAUUAACCAAUUAAAAACCUCAAGAAAAUGAGUAAUUUCACAAUAUUUCAUUGCUUUUUUUAAUCUGUAAAAAACAAUUAUCUUAUGUGUUCUUCAAUCAAAUUUCAAAUGUCUUUUAAAAUUGUUAGGCAUUUAACAUUAAGAUCCAUUUCUAGGCAUUUAGGAAAAAAUGAUGUUUGUUCAACUAACGUUAGACUGAGGUGUUUAGUUAAAUAUUUCUUUAUAGUGUUUUCUAUCCACAUACAUACUUUUACGUAGUCAGUCCCAUUUAUCACAUUUGUUAUUAUUUCACGGUGAAUGUUACAGAUAGAGCACACGUUACUAUGUGAUUUGCAAUUUAGAAUAAAACAUGUGUGUGUAAUGGUCAUUUUGUGGAUUAUGCUGUACUAGAGUCCCAGUAGUUAGGAUGUAACGAUUGUUUUGAGAGGUCAUUACUUAUACUGCAUCGUGCAUGGAUAUUCCCUUGUCUUUGAGCAAUAGUAGGUUGAACCAAUUUUUAGUUGAUACUAUUCCGUCUUUGCGUAUUGCAGAGUUAUCUUCUCUUGGGAGCAGGUAUUGA